ACCAUGUGUAUCAUAUCUGUAAGAAUCGGAUCGGAAGUUAUUCUCCACACUAGGUUUUGACAUGUUGAUCCAACGGCUGUGCUAUCUUCAUAUGUUACUUCUCAAUGAGGUUUACUUUUAGCUUAGAUGCAUUUGACUUCUAUUACAACAUUUUGGUGGAUUCCACGUAUGCCAUUCUGAUUCCAAAUAUGGAGUAGUCACCAAAGUGGGUCCCUAGUUGCGCAUCCACAUGUUGCGAUCUCAUACGUUGAACAUAAUAUUUGUGGAAUUUGCAAAAUAGAGUAAUUUCCCAAAAUAUAUUAUUUCAUUUUUCUCUCAAAACAAAGUAAUGAAUAAAUGGAGUUGAGUUUAACUUUGCUCGUAUUGUAAAAUCGAUUGGGUCUGAUUUCUGUGGAUAGGAUUUACGACGCUGUCAUUUAUUAUCAUCAUGUUCCAAAACGAAUUUCAUAAAUGUGGGUGUACGGACCUGAUGAUGGGUAUCUAGGCUAUAAAGGCCGGCUAAAAGUCCAGGGAACAGAAAACCCACGAGUUUUAAACCCAAAACAGAAAAAAGGAAAGACGUUUGUGGCUGCUGGGAUUCGAGCCCAGGUCUCCACGGCCACAACGUGGAAUUCUGACCACUAAACUACAGCCACUUUUGUGAAGAUUAAAUCUAAACAAUAUUAGUUAUCGUAAUUAUCUCUGCAAGACCUAUUAGUCAUUUUUAAAAUAACUCUAACCCUUCGUCUCCAUUUGCUCAGUCACCGAACCAAUGUAACAUACGUUUCAGUAACUCUGCUUUAAGUACGCUCAUAACUAACAUCAUAUAAAGUUAACCCUUUCACAUUCCUCAUACUUAGCCACCAUUUAAGUACUCUCAAAUCACCAGUAACCUUCAAGUCUAUCCAAACCACACUAUAAAAACACAACUCUCAUAACCCAAUCAUCACCACAAACACAAAUCUCAAAAAAAGAACGAUGGUUUCUAACACAUGUUUUUUCCUCUUCGCCACCACGGCUCUCCUCCUCGCCCUCAACACCUCCGGCAGGAUAAUCCCGGAGGCGACGGCUGAUCCCACAAACAUAGCGGCGAGGCUUAACGGAGGAGGACUAAUGGAGUGUUGGGAUGCUCUCUACGAGCUCAAAUCAUGCACCAACGAAAUCGUUCUCUUCUUCCUCAACGGGGAGACCAAACUCGGCGCCGGUUGCUGUCACGCAGUGGACGUCAUCACCAGAGAUUGUUGGCCGUCGAUGUUAACAUCUCUUGGCUUUACGUCUGAGGAAACCAACGUCCUCCGUGGCUUCUGUGAGGCUCCAAAUCCCGGUGGUUCUUCUCCUGCUCCUUCCCCUUUAAAAUUUUGAUGUAUGCAAACAUCUAAUAAUGGUUAUUUUUAGUAUCAUGUAAGGGACUAAUGGAGUCUCCUUUUAUAAUUAAUGGACAAAUGGAAUCUCUUUUUCGA